CCGCACAGCCCUGGUGUCAGCAGCAGCAGCAGCAGCAGCAGGGAGUGUCCCCUGUGCAGAUUGGCCAGGCUGGAGCUGAGCAAUGCCGGGGCUGCUAUAAAAGCCCUGCCUGGGCCAGACUGGACCAAGCACUGUCCUGGCCACCUUCUCCUCCUCAGGAACAAGGGUAAGUGUGCCAGCGCUUCUGCUCGCGGCUCCCUGCUCCAGCCCCGGCCCCUGUGGCUCGGGCGCUGCCCUGGGCUGCUCUCCUGCCAUGGCUGCCCUCUCUUGCAGAGCACCCUCGGACCCCACGCCAAGAUGUCCUGCUACGACCUGUGCCCCCCGAAAGCCAGCGCGGACCUGUGCCCACCCAGGACCAGCGUGGCUGUGCCCCAGCCCAUCGCUGAGAGCUGCAACGAGCUGUGCGCCCGCCAGUGCCCCGACUCCUCUGCCUUCAUCCAGCCGCCACCCGUGGUGGUCACCUUCCCCGGCCCCAUCCUCAGCUCCUUCCCCCAGCAGGCCGUGGUGGGCUCCUCCGGAGCACCGGCCUUUGGCGGCUCCCUGGGGCUGGGCGGCCUCUACGGCGCCGGCGCCACCCAGGCCUCGGGGGGCCUCUGCACCUUUGGCAGAGCCUACGCUGCUCCCGCCUGCAGCCCUUGUGCCUGGCCCCGCUACAGCAAGAAGCUCUGGGACACCUGCGGGCCCUGCUAGAGCCACCAGCAACAGCCCCAAAGGCCCUUGGCCGCCUCAGCCCAGCAUGGAGAGGCUGAGCUCUGCACAAGCUGCCCUGGCCUCCUGCAGCCCGUGACCCCCGGCCUGCCUGGGGCCUGCCCAC